AAAUUAAUAUCUCGAGGUCACAACACUGUCCCGUUUGACCCCAAGGUUGAUCUUUGACUUGGCAUAACUUGUUUAGCAAAGUUGGUCACCAAUCUGAGUUUGAGCGUAAGCUAUUCCGAUUUAGUAUUAGGACAAACAUUUAGUGUGUAGUUUAAAAAAUUAACUGUGGUUCGUGUCAUGUUCUUAGGUAUUAAUAAAAAAUAAUGUGAUGAUCAGUAAAACGAUGUCGAACAAUAAAAAUAUGACUCCGUAAAGAGGUAAGAAGGCAAGCCAAACUGCUGUGAAUCUCAAAGCUUUCUAGACGGCUUCACGUUCAAUAUAAUGCUUAUCUUCACCGUACGCAUGUUUGACCCUGAAUAUUUAUUGAUUGGAAGCGAACCCAUCUCACAGGAAUUAUGCAUGCUAAUUUAUCAACUAUCAAAUUGUACAGACCUAUAUUAACUUUGAAGUCUACCAAGUUAUAUUUGCAAAUCACGUCUCGACUCAAAGUCACGGUCUGAACACAGUUUUCAGUCUUCAGUAUUAAUGAUAGGAAGUCUAUCGACCUAUAUUAAUCCUUGCAGUUUGUAAUACUGUGGAGGUCCAAUCUCGUUUUAAAUACAUUAACAGAAGGCGAUGAUAUUACUUGUUCCGAUAGAGGAUUCCAGUAAUUCACUACUCUGUACGAGAAACGAAACUCCAGACGUAAACGAUUUGAUCUCGGUUUUUGAACUUCGAAUGUCCUCUCAAAUGAUCAGUCCUAGACAAAAGUAAAAGAUAUUACGUUAAUACCAAGUUCAUCGUUCAGUAUACGAUUAGCCAAUAUUAGAUCACCCCAUACUCUAUGGUAAGAUAACGGAAAUAAGUUGAGGUGUCCCAGUCUGUCUUCAUAAGAUAGGCCAGAUAGACCUUGUACCAUCUUAGUACCUCGUCGUUGGACUCUUUCCAGCAUCUCUGCUUCAUACUUGAAACAAGGACUCGCUGCUUGAAUCCCAUAUUCUAAAUGUGGUCGCACAUAAAUUGGGUAUAAUAAUCUAAACAUUUCAUCAUCUAAAUACUGGGAAGACCUAUGAAUAGACCAUAAUACCCUAUAGCCUUUCGCAGCAGCAGCCUUACAGUGACUAGUGGUUUUGAGAUCACUGCCUAAUUUGACUCCUAAAUAUUAAUAGUUUCUUACUUUGGGUAGCACGAAUCCACAUAUUGUAUAGUGAUACGAUAAAUCAUAGUUAUUUAUUUGCAUCACUAAGGUUGUGUAUACUGCAGUAGUAUGUAACUUGGUGAAUGUCCAUCUUAAAGCAUAUGUGGUUCUAAAACCCUUAGCUGUGACUUCGGGGCUCAUUUUCUAAUUCUUUGUUGAAAGAUAUCAGUUUCUGUCCUCGACAGCACGUGUUUCGGAUGAGUUCCAUGUCCUCGUUUUCUGAAUUACUACAACACUAUACAAGCUGUAGUAAACCGAGUGAGGUCCCAACCGACAGUAGAUGUUCUUAGACAUGAAGUCUGUUUCAAGUCAUUCAUAUGUUUAAUCAUUUCUCGAACAAUUUCAGGGUUCGUUUUCUUGUUGUAAAUCAUCUAGUAACAACCUUGACGAAUUAAUAAACUCACAAAGAAGCUGUGCUCAGGAUGGACUUUCCUGCUCCAGAAAUUAGUCCACAAACGAACUUCAAUUAUGGAUUGGUGGCUUUGUUUAUUUUCGCAUUAUCAUAUUUUCUUUGGAAAUUCUUCCGUUCUUGGUCUGAAAACUCUCCAACUGUUAGUGAUUCACAUCGCUUAGCUAUGGAAGCUGCCAGAGCAAAAUUUCAAGCUGAAUUCAAUGCUGAGGUUGCUCAGUGCAAAUCUAAAAAUCAAGACGAGAAGGAAGGGAAAAGUAAUGUUCGUGAAAGUACUCAUUCUGGUGAGAAAAAGAAACGGUUCCGACUCAAUGAUUACAAUCCUUUAAUGGGUGAUACUGGGACAACUUACAGGCCAACUUCACGAUUUUGUUCAACUGGUGGAUGACGUUAAAUAUUUAUCCAACAAUAAGAACUCAAUAAGAUCAGAAAGCAACACUUACUGAGUUCAUCACAUACACACACUAGCCUUAUUACAUUUUUACACAAAGAUAAAAGAACAAGGAAUUUUCUUCUCUUCUUUCUUUCCACUAUGAUGUUGUUAAUUCGAAAUUGGAACCAAAUUCCAAGAUUAACAACUGAUGUCGUUUUUUUUCUUUGAUGUAAAAAUAUGAAACGGUUUUUUAUUGCGAUGAAAUUACUCCUGACAACAACGUUCAAACAGAACCUAUAUACUACUUGAUUAUUACUAAUUAUAAUUUUUAAAAAAACCGAUUCAAAGUUUGUUCA